CUUCUUCAAAACACCACUACACUCGCACAUCGAAAAUUUUAAAGAUAUUUCGCCUUGGUUUUGAUUUUGUAUAUAUUCAGAGGUUUACCUGUUGAAACAAGAGAAUAUAGAGUUCAGAAGCCUUAGGGAAAGGCAUGAAAGAUUAUUAUUGAAGAACCUUUAUACAAUAAAAGCAGAAAUGUCGGAUAUGAGAGAUAAAUCAAGUUCAAUGUCGGAUUCAAAUCAUUCAUUACCAUUAGAAAACAAGACUACAGCUCCUAACGACUCCAAAAUUGAGAGUAUUGUGAAAGCUCAAAUUCUCUUCUUGUUGUCCACUUUACGGGAAGACCAGUAUGACACUAAACUUGAGCAGAUUAGGCAGCUUAUUAAUAAGAAUGCGCCAGGCGUAUAUCAUCAUUUCUUGCGUCGUUUAGUGCAAGGUAAUUCCUAUCGUAUCUUUGGUACUGGGAAAUCAUCUGAUGGUUUAGCUACAUACAAAUUGUUGCUAGACGAGCUUAAGUCAUUAACAAAAUCAUGGGCUUUAGCGAGGCGGUUCAGCGAUGCUAUCUCGGGGUCUGAUUCCGAGGUCUUUGAAGAUUUCGAUAUUGAGACGUUUCUAAACCACUUUCAAUUUUCUCCUUUAGAACGCUCAAAUAUAUUAAUUGGUUUGACUACAUCUGUAAAACCAUCUCUUUCUAAGAAGGCUUCGGCUUUAUUAAAGGAAGAGUUUCAGCCCUUAUUAAACCAGCUCGCUAAUCCAAAUCAACAAAUUAACAUGGAAAAAGCUGAUUUGGAUAUGUUGAGAGAUGGUUUAUUUACAUCAGAUUAUGACCGCAUACCCCUGAUUCAAGUUCCUAAAUUCGAUUCGGUGGUUGAGAAGCGUUUAGCUAAUUGUCGCCCUCUUACUGCUCUGUUUGGCAAUUUAAAGCAUUCGAAGGCAACUUUAAAAACCAUGAAAGAAGCCAUCACAAAGAAAUACCCUCCCGAAUCCGUUUCCGAAUCAGAUGUAGCUUUCCUUAUUAAUUCUUUAGUUGCUAUUCAUGACUAUGGUGCCUGGGACACAGUCUUGAUUGGAAAGGCAGUUGUCUCGGCCUUCGAACAUUUAGAUUGGGAAUCAAUGCUUCCGAUGUUUGAUAAUCCUAAGUUCAUGGUUACUGGAAGCCCUAGUCUCAUUCUCUUCAUGACAAUUUUUUCUAAUGCUUUUAAGCUAAGGCAACGAACUUUCACUUUAGAUUUUCUUUGGAAUCUUUGGAAGAACCCCUUAUCUCAGCUAUCUAUUAUUUCGCAUAUUAUUUUGACGCCUACUUCGCUAUUUGAUAUCAAGGAGCAUAAUAUAACUCCCAUUGUUUCUGUUAAUGAUUUGGAUGACUAUAGUGAAGAACUUAUUAACUAUGCUAAAGGUUAUGAAAAAAGUAACCUUAAUUGCUUGGAACUCGUUCGUGUGCUUCUUCGAUUAUUAACUGAAGUUGUUACUUACGAAACUUCCUUAUUCCUCAAUUUUCUGGAUGAAAAAAUUUCUGCCGAACUUUUGCUUUUGGGUACUCUUCAGUUACCUAUGCCAUGGAACCAAGUUCAAGAGUCAUUAGCCUUCCAAUGGUGUUCAGAUUUUUUCACUAACUUUUCCCAACAUAAGUUUGUUUUCCAUAGAAUUGAGCACAUGAACCCGCAAUUCCUCUUUGCAUUUUUGCGAAGCCUAUGGCUUAAAGACAGCAUGUCGAUCAAUCAAAUUGUCAAUUUUAUCGUUGAAAAUAAUUUUGUCGAGCAUGUUAAUAAUGUCCAACCUAAUCGCUUUGCUCUAGAAAUUGCUGCUCUUGCUUCCGCUCGUAAGGCACUAAAUUUUCAAACUUGGCUUGAUGGAAGGUUAUCUGAGUUUCAAGAUGCUGAAAACCUGAAUAUUUUUCUGGUUGAGGUUUUAGACUUUUUGAUGGUCCAUGCUGCCUUACAGAAAACACCAACUGAAAACGAAGAUGAACUUAUACCAUUAUCGAUUGACGUAGUCAAUAUUCUUUUAACUACGCUAAUGGAUAACGUUAGCAUUUCGGAAGAGGUCAGCGAGCACAUUAAGGAUGUACAAAUACUUUGCCUUCAAGUUUAUCCUCGCCUUUUUGCUCUUGGUCAUGAUCGUGAUGAUCUUAUUAUGAAUGCUAAUGGUACGAACUCUUUCUCCCCCGAUGUGGAAGCUGAAGUAGAAUCUUUUUUCCAAGCUUUAUAUGAGCGCAAGCUAUCCAUUGGUAAAAUUGUACUUACUCUGCAAACUUUCAAAAAAUCUGAUAAUCCUCGAGAUAUGGAUCUCUUUGCUUGUUUGCAACACAGUCUGUUUGACGAAUAUAGAUUCUUCCCUGACUAUCCUUUGGAGGCUUUGGCUUUGACCGCCGUUUUGUUUGGCAGUUUGAUUCAGUUCGAUCUUCUUUCUUUUGUGCCGCUAGGUGUUGCGUUGCGUUAUGUGUACCAAGCUCUUUUAAUGCCUACGGACUCUAAAAUGUUUAGGUUUGGUAUGCAAGCUUUAGUACAAUUUCAAGAUAAGCUUCCAAAGUAUAUAAACUACUGUAAUUUGAUUUUGGGAAUCCCUUCUUUACAAUUAACUCGACCUGACAUUUAUAACUCCAUUAAAGAGAUGAUUGCUUCCGCAGAAACUUCAACGAUGGAGGCAGAAAAGGCGCUUAUGAUACCGGAGCCCACUGCUCCUGCUAGUCCAAAGUUACCUUCCUAUUCAUUCGUUUCCAUCAGAGUACCAGCCUUAUCUUUUCCUAGUGUCAGCGGAGAAAUUCAGGAAACAGUUUGCGAUAACAUUCUUUUCGCUUUGAAUAAUUUAUCUCAACUUAAUUUUGGCGAAAAGUUGCAGAUUGUCAAAGAAAGCCUCAAACCGCCUUAUUUAGCAUGGUUUUCUCACUAUAUAGUCACCCAACGUGUUAGUCGGGAAGCCAAUUUCCUUGCUUUAUAUAGUAGGUUUUUGGAAGAGUUAAAAAAUAGCGAUUUAUAUAAGAUCGUAUUUAGAGACACGUUGCAAGCGGCUUUGGACAUCUUGAACUUAGAUACUGAGACAUUGCCUUCCAUUGAAAAGUCAAGUUUGAAAAACCUUGGAUCGUGGUUAGGAAGUAUAACUUUGGCUAGGAAUAAGUCCAUCACUACACUAAAUGUCUCAUUUAAAGACCUAUUGCUAGAAGGUAUUGAUAGUGAGAGAAUUGACCGGGUGCUUCCUUUUGUCUGUAAAGUUCUGGAAAAGGUUACCUUGUCAGACGUAUUUAAACCACCAAACCCGUGGUUGAUGGGGAUUUUGAGGUUGUUGGUCGAAUUAUAUCAUUUCGCAGAUUUCCGUUUGAAUAUGAAAUUUGAAAUUGAGUUAUUAUUACAGAGUAUAAAUGUCAAAAUGGAUGACAUUGAGCCGUCCGAAUUAUAUAGGAACCAUUUAAUCCAUAAAGCCGAUUUAGAGAAUGAUCUCCCAGAGGAUGUUGUGAGCCAGGACUUGCGAAACGACGCAAAUAUUAUAAUGCAAUAUAUUGCGACAGCAUCGCCUCAAAUAAUUGUUUCUGAUGCCGUUGCUCAAAUAUUUGGAAAAUCUAAAGCCGCAAUUAAGAACAGUAUGCAGUUAAUUAUACAGCAAUCGGUUUUGGAAAUCAUAUCUGCUGUUGUUAGGAGGUCUGUAGGUAUAUCAGCCAUAACUACUAAAAGCUUAAUCCAAAAAGACUUUGCAGCCGAAUCAAAUCCCUCAAGUUUAUUAUUGGCUGCUAGACAGAUGGCUAAAACAUUAGCUGGAAACUUGGCUAUGGUUACAUGCCGGGAACCGUUACAAAUGCUGAUGAUUAAUAAUUUACGUACAAUGAUUUUGCAGGAUGUGGAAACCGUACAUGCAGCUGUUGCUCAAGCCAUAGAUGAGCUUGUGCUUCAGAAUUUGUUUAUUGCCAGUUCUAUCGUUGAAACUGUGGCAUCCGAAACCGCGAUUGCUGAGAUUGAUGCAGAAAUUGAACCUAUGAUAGUUGAACGUGUUCGCCAUAGAAAAUCCACCCCCAACGUUCCGUUCGUUGAUCCUGCUGGAGCAGCAAAUCUGCAUCUUAAUCUGCCAGGAAUAUUGAAGCUUUCUUCCGAGUUAGCCCCCCAACAAUUUCAACUAUAUGAAAAUUUCGAUCGACUAAGUCUGUUUACCAUUAUGAGUAACUCUGGUUAUGGCAAUAUGAACGGGGUACGACCAGAAGUUGCUGAGGGUUCAGAAACUCCAAAUACAAGCAUGAAUGUUCCUAUGGAAAACGAAGUAAAUCAGGCUGCUUUGAAUUAUGCCCGAAAUCUUUUGUUGGUAAUAGCACAAAUUUUACAAUUGUCUAGUCAAGUACCAUAUACUAGUAUGCAAGAAGUACCCGCUGAGCAUGAAUUUCAUGAUUUAGUAAAUCAAUUCCUAACGGGGGUCGCUUCAAUUAACCAUCCUAUUGCUGACCACGUCUUUCUUUUGUGUGCACAGGAAUGUUGUCGAAUUCUUUUAACUGAAAGCGCUUCUCCAUUUGUAUUAGAAGUUUUUUGCGCAAUAUUAGAAUACAUAUGCCAAGCUUCUAAAAAGACUGCGAUUAGUGUUUCAUUAUAUUGGAACUUUUCUAGUGAUAUUGAGAAGUUGAAUCUUCCUGUUAUUCUUAGUCUAAUUCGUUUUGGAAUUUUGACGACUGCUGAGGUAGACUACCAUGUUGCUCGAGGUAUAGAUGCUGAACAGGGUAAAGGUCCUGUUACUACAUUCGCGAUUGGGCUUCUUAAGACUGCUGUUAGUGGAGAAAGUCCUAUGGCAUUGCCGGGUAACUUUGUGAAUUCCAUUGAUAGUCUUUAUAAACACAGUUCUAUGUUUACUGAUGAAGUUAAGGAAGCUUAUGAUCAAUUAUUUGAGUCAAUGGGUAAAAUUGCCUCUCCAGCCAAGGAAAUAUUGGCGGUGCUUGACAAUAAACAGCAACUAAAUGACCAAAUGAUAAUUAUUUUUGUUUCUUGGGUUCAUCUUUUGCGUAAUUCUGCAACUGAUGAUGUUCUGAAGGCCGCUUUCGUUUAUCAACUUCAUAAGCAAGGUAUCCUAGGUGACUUGGAGUUAACGCUACAGUUUUUCCGCUGCAAUCUAGAAGCUGUGCUAGUUGCUUUCCUAGAGGCUGCAUCAGCAAAUGCUCCGGAUUACUGUAAUGUUGAUGCUUUUGCAUCACUCAUAGUCAAUGUUGUCAAAUACUCGGAAGCUAAAGGAGAAGAGAAUACGAGCUCAGUUAGAAGUGUAUUUUUCCGAAAAAUUAUGGCUCUCAUAACUGGUAUUUUUGCCGAAUUACAUAAUGCUAUGGACGAGUUCGUUCAUCAAAAGACCUUCUUCAGGUUGUUUUCGAGCAUUUUAUCUGAACUGGAUGAAAGCAAAGAAUUUGAAUCGUCUUUUACGGAUAUAUUCAUCAUAUUUCUCCGUAGUCUUCUUGCUAUUCAACCGAAUUAUUUCCCUGCCUUUACAUUUGCGUGGUUAAGUUUGAUAUCGCAUGCAUAUCUUUUGCCCAAGAUACUUAUGGCCAAUAAUGAGCAUAUCAACACUCUUUAUAGUGAGAUUUUAGCUGCAUUUUUAAAGUUUCUGGGUUUAAAGGAUGGAUAUGAUAAGGCGCAGUUUAAAUUGCUGUACAAUGGAUUUUUGCGUAUCGUCCUUGUCUUGCUCCAUGAUUUUCCGGGCUUUUUAGCAACUCAUUGCUAUCAUUUAAUUCCCCAUAUUCCUUUGGAAUGUGUGCAGCUUCGAAAUAUGAUUCUGAGUGCUUUUCCUAACGACAUGCAUUUACCAGAUCCUUUUGCACAAGGCUUGAAGGUAGGAAGAUUACCGGAAGUGGCUUGUGCACCUUUGAUAUCUGAUUCCAUCCUUUCUUCUUUGGAUGAUUUCGGUUCUCAAUUGAGUUUAGAUGCUUGUUUGGCUUCCAAUAAACCAGCUGAUGUAGCCAAAUUAUUCCUUGAGGCUUUCUCGAACCUUGAAUCUGCUGAACAGCUUAAUGAAUGGGCUAAUUGGUUUGUUUUAUGGCUUAUUCGAUAUGCCACACGGGAUUUGCAAUCCAAACAGGCACCUCAAUUCCAGCCGAAAUCUCCUGAGUGCGUCAUUAUCAGUACAUUUAAUAAGCAUUGCAACUCCAAAUGCCGUUACUUUUUAUUAACAGCUAUUGCAAAUCAGCUACGUUAUCCAAGUAGUUAUACAUAUUAUGCUAGCUGUUUCUUUUUAUACCUAUUCAAGAGUUCCUCAAAUAUCACCCAAGAACUGCUGAUCAAGGAGCAGAUGACGAUGGUACUAUUAGAGAGAAUUAUCUGCAAUCGUCCUCAUCCAUGGGGACUUUUAAUUACUUUUACUGAACUUUUGAAGAAUGAAGAUUAUAAUUUUUGGAAACACCCAUAUAUCCGACGAAACGACGAAAUUCGAAGAUUGUUUGAUAGUCUUCAUGAACAUAUUAUGGCACCUUCAGCGAACAUAAUGAACGCAAGAGAUGAAGGAACAGAGAUUAUGGGUCAGGUAUAAGAAAAAAAAAAAACCCCUAAGAUGUUAUUACAAUUUAGUGAUUUUUAAUACGGUGAAUAUAUUAAAAAGGAAAAUAUCUAUUCUCUACUACAAGAGAUAACGCAUAAGAAGGUGGUAUUUUGAAAAAGAAAUGAAAAGAAAAACCGCUCGUUGAUCCAAAUGACGGAUUAUUUAUUGUAAGAUACGAAAGCAUAUAGAUAAUGAUAAUUGUUGAAAUGCAUUACCCAGUUUUUGAGUAUGAUAGUGGUAUAUAUGAGUAAACAAGAAAAAAAAAGAUGAAAAGCA